CUCCACCAGCUUUCGCGAUGGCCAUCAUCAGCAAGGCCAUCCACUAUUCCCUCGAUGCUGUGCUCCUCUCCACUCUCCUCGCCGGCGUCAAGCGAACCACAGGCUACACACCCAACCAAUCGCAACUGCCACUGACAACAGACCCGACUGUGUCUUCUCUCUUCACAAAGUACUUGGCCGUUGGCGAAGAGGUCUUUGAUUACACCGCAGGCUGGGCGCACACCAGCAAGUACUUCCAGCAGACCAACCCCACCUUGGGCAUGGCUGAUAACCUUGAGGAGGUGGCCAGAAGAUUCGGAGAAGAGGCGCGCAAAGGCUUGGGAAAGCAAGGGAAUGCAGCCAAGGAAGGAGGCGGAAGCUGGUGGGGGGGGCGCUAAAUGAGCAGGAGUGGAUUCUGCUGCGCUCAGACGAAGAUACUGGCGAGAUGCGGGGCAAGCAACCUCG